GAGCGCGUCUCGACCCCCGGAUUAACAAGCAACAUGCCUGCUGCUCUCCCCACCGUCGCGGUGCAGGGCUCUGCUGACACCGUGCAGCUCCCCGAGGUCUUCCUCUCCCCCAUCCGUCCGGACAUCGUGAACGCCGUUCACACCGGCCUCAACAAGAACAACCGCCAGGCGUACGCCGUGAACAAGCGCGCCGGUCACCAGACCGCCGCCGAGUCCUGGGGUACCGGUCGCGCCGUCUCCCGCAUUCCUCGUGUCCCCGGUGGUGGUACCCACCGCGCGGGCCAGGGUGCGUUCGGAAACAUGUGCCGCGGCGGUCGCAUGUUCGCCCCCACCAAGACCUGGCGCAGGUGGCACAGGCGCGUGAACCUCAAGCAGAAGCGCUACGCCGUCUGCUCCGCGCUCGCCGCCUCCGCGGUCCCCUCCCUCCUCAUGGCUCGCGGCCACCACGUCGAGUCCGUCCCCGAGGUGCCCCUCGUCCUGGACGACUCCUCCGAGGCCAUCACCAAGACGGCCAAGGCGGUGAAGCUCCUCCAGGAGGUUGGCGCCUACGCCGACGUCGAGAAGGUCAAGGCGUCCCGCAACCUUCGCUCCGGUAAGGGUAAGAUGAGGAACCGCCGCUACGUCCAGCGCAAGGGCCCGCUCGUCGUCUACGCCAACGACUCGGGCAUCACCAAGGCGAUGAGGAACAUCCCGGGCGUGGAGCUGUGCUCCGUGGACCGCCUCGGGCUCCUCACCCUCGCGCCCGGCGGUCACGUCGGCAGGUUCAUCAUCUGGACCAAGUCCGCCUUCGAGAAGCUCGACUCCAUCUACGGAACCUCCGCGGUCAAGUCGAGCGCCAAGAAGGGCUGGAAGCCCCCCGCGAACAUCAUGGCGAUGCCCGACCUCUCCCGCGUCAUCAACAGCGACGAGAUUCAGUCCGCCAUCAACGCGCCCAAGGAGGGCAAGACUCGCGCGCACGCGCCGCUCAAGAGGAACCCCCUCAAGAACAAGUCCGCCAUGGAGAGGCUCAACCCCUACGCCAAGGUUGCCGCGGAGAUGCGCGCCAAGGCGGAGGCUGCAUCCUCCGCCGCCAAGGCGAAGAAGACUGCGGGCGCGCGAUCCAAGGUUGGCCAGGCGUUCUACGAGGGCAUGAAGAAGGAGUCCAACUACGAGGGCGAGCUCUUCGACGGUUUCGCCACCUGGCUCAAGGGCAAGCCCUCCGAGGAGGAGGAGGAGGCGUGAGUUUGCUUUCUACUAGGGAACAGCGCUACGUUAGUGUUGCUAUAGUUGAACAUCACCAGCUACAACAAAUCGUU